GGCGCGGGGGGGGCACUCUCACGGCCGCCCCGGAGCCCCGCGCGGGGCCCCGCCGCCCCCGGAGCCGCACAAGUUGGAGCGAGAGUUUGUCGGGAGCCCCCAACUGCCGCGGAGAGGGAUGAGGACAUCUGAAGAACCUCGUGGAGCUCCUUACCAUCUUCCUUCUGUCACCAAACCAUGCACGAUGCAGCUGUGAAACAUCGCGGCGCUUCGCUUUGCUAAGGGAAAACAUUGUCAAAUAUUGGUCUGUCUUUCUACAAGAGUUCACCCCAGUGCUGUUGGAAGGCCAAGAACAGGGCACUGCUGUGCUGCCCUCAGACUGUUGAUGUCCUCAGCUGCUGCAGGAGAAGCACCAGAGCUGGAACCCAGUUUGUUACUGGACUUGUGGAAGAGGAAACACAAAGACUUCCAAAUGAAUAACCGAAAGGAAGAUAUGGAGAUUGCCUCUCACUACCGGCACCUGCUUCGGGAGCUCAACGAGCAGCGGCAGCACGGCAUCCUCUGCGACGUCUGCAUCAUAGUGGAGGGGAAGAUCUUCAAGGCUCACAAAAACGUUCUGCUCGGGAGCAGUCGCUACUUCAAAACGCUGUACUGCCAGGUACAGAAAACCUCCGACCAGGCCACGGUCACCCACUUAGACAUUGUCACUGCACAAGGCUUUAAGGCAAUCAUUGACUUCAUGUAUUCUGCACACCUAGCGCUGACCAGCCGGAACGUCAUCGAGGUGAUGUCGGCUGCCAGCUAUCUGCAGAUGACGGAUAUCGUACAGGCCUGUCACAACUUCAUCAAGGCAGCUCUCGACAUAAGCAUCAAGUCAGAUGCCUCGGAUGACCUUGUGGACUACGAGCUGGGAGCCCCCUCCAGCAGCAGCACGGACGCUCUGAUCUCGGCGGUGGUGGCUGGCAGGAGCAUAUCGCCAUGGCUGGCUCGGCGGACGAGUCCAGCAAACUCUUCUGGAGAUUCUGCCAUCGCCAGCUGCCACGAAGGAGGGAGCAGUUAUGGGAAGGAGGAUCCGGAACCAAAAACUGACAGCCAUGAAGACGUUUCGUCCCAGUCUCUUUGGUCUAGUGACAUGGGUUAUGGGUCUUUACGUAUCAAAGAGGAACAGGUUUCUCCCUCUCAUUACGGAGGGGGUGAGCUGCAUUCUGCCAAGGAUAGUGCAAUACAGAACGCUUUCUCAGAACAAGGAGUGGGGGAUGGCUGGCAGCCCACGGGGCGCAGGAAGAACAGGAAAAAUAAAGAAACUGUGCGUCACAUAACGCAGCAAGUAGAGGAUGACAGCAGGGCAAGUUCUCCAAUGCCAUCUUUUUUACCUGCCUCAGGAUGGCCAUACAGCAGUCGAGACCCAAGUGCUGACGUGACGGCGGCGGAGCCCAGCAGCUCGGACAGCCGGGUGGAGCGGCAGGACCCGUUUGCACACAGCGAGGAGCAGCUGCUGGGUGCUGGGGAGGGCAGCUACCUGCCGCAGCCCCCCCUGGACAGGGAGGAUGCACUGCAAGCUGCCACCGUCGCCAACCUGCGCGCAGCACUCAUGAGCAAGAACAGCUUGCUGUCGCUGAAGGCCGACGUGCUGGGCGAUGACAGCUCCCUGCUCUUCGAGUACUUACCCAAAGGCACGCACUCUCUCUCUCGGCCUGGCACCAACUGGAGUCGUUCCAGGGGCGAAUGUGAUGGCAAAGUGGAAGCUGCGUCCCCCCCGCUGCCUGCAGCACACCUUGCCACUCAGAGCCCCCCCGCCAGCUGCUCCUCUGGUGACAUGUCACCAGAAGCCACCGCGAAAGGAGAGCUGCCCUCCUCUACCCAGGCCGCUUACGAUGGCUUUCUGGCACUUUGGCCCUUUGAUAACUCCGACUCCGACUCGUGUUUGAGGUCGGAAGACACGGACGUAACCCACAGCGGCCUGUUCCCAGACCCGGCCCUGCCCAAGGGACUGACCUGCGGCUUCUGCAGGAGGGUCUUUGAGCGCGCCGAGGAGCUGCAGGAGCACGUCCACGGGCACAUCCACCAGCACGAGGCCGCCCUCUCCCUGCUGCUCCCCCUGGAUGCCCGCAUACGGCCCGGCCUGCUGGGCACCGUGCCUCCCAGCCGCUUCCAGUGCGCCCAGUGCCCUGCCAGCUUCACGCUCAAGUCCAACAUGGACCGCCACGAGAAGACCAUCCACUUCAACUUCAACGAGUUCACUGUGAUCAGGAAGAAAUUCAAGUGCCCCUACUGCAGCUUCUCUGCCAUGCAUCAGUGCAUCCUGAAGAGACACAUGCGGUCCCACACGGGAGAGCGGCCUUACCCCUGCGAGAUCUGUGGGAAGAAGUUCACGCGCCGGGAGCACAUGAAGCGGCACACGCUGGUGCACAGCAAGGACAAGAAGUACGUCUGCAAGGUGUGCAACCGGGUGUUCAUGUCCGCAGCCAGCGUGGGCAUCAAGCACGGCUCCCGCCGGCACGGCGUCUGCGCCGACUGCUCAGGGCGCGGCAUGGCCGGGCACCUGGAGCCCAGCGGGGCCGAGGGGUCCCCCGAGGAGCUGUACCCCGGCGAGGGCCCGUACAUGGAAGACCCAGAUGACAUCAAGGUGGAGGGAGACGAGGAGAUGGGAGACGACGACGACAUCAAGUGGAAGGAUGACGUAGGCAUGGCGCACGAUGACGUGAUUUUGGAUGACGACAAAGACGUCGACUCCUCGCAGGAGAACUCUGGGGAGAACGACAAGGAUUUUGCCUGGAUUUCGUAGGGAUCCUUUCGUCACGUUCUGUUGUUUGUAGGGGGAGGGAGGGCGGGGGAGGAAGGAGUAUGUUGGAAAAACUACAUAGCCUUGUUGUCGUCCACGUGUGCAAAAUCAUUUGUGUUUUCUAAAUGAGUCCUACUCUGUUCCACUCGGAUGUGUGUUAGCAACACGGCCUCGCCGCCCUCUCUUCCUCCUUGAUCCUGCAUGGGGGUCCUGUGGGCACGUGCCCCGUCCCACUCUGCGUUGAGCUCUGGGAGAUGCUGUGUCCGAAGCAGGUUUUGGCUGGUGGUUGUUUUUAACACCUUUUCUGUGUUACAAAAUCCCAGCGGCAGUGGAAUUGCAAACUGAAGGCGGUGGGAACGAAUGGGUGCACGUUUCCGAGGGCUUCCCCUCAUGACGCAGGCCUUGUGCAAGUUAUUUCAAGAGGGUUUUUAUUCUUUUUUUACCGAGCCAAAUAGAUCAAAAGGCAAGUGGGAUUGCAGCCUUACAAUUCUUGUCAUAAAAGUAGAUUUUUAGCUUCCGAAAGAAUCACCAUCAAAAAAAAAAAGAUCACGGCAUCUCUAGGACCCAGUGGCGUCGUACCCGUGUCCUGUCUUCCAGCCUCGCGUCUCCGUGCCCGCCGAUGGGCACUGGCAUUUUCACAAACUCUUUGCUAUAAGGACACAGGGAAUUGUCUGCCUGUCGGCAUUUUCCACAGAUAUUUUCACUUUUCUCCCUUUGCUCAGCUGCCUUUCUCACAAAUAUAUGCAAACGGUAGGAAAAGCGAGACCUUUAGGAUGAACUGUGAAACACGGGAAAACCGAGGUGAGGAAACCCAAAGUCCCACGGGGCUCUCACCUGGGUGGAUUUCUGUCCAUCCUUGGUAGGUGUGAAAGCUAUGAAGGAAACCUUCAGUCUCAGCUGCACUGGUUUCAUGUAAAUUUGCAAAUAAAAUGUUUUUAUGAGAACCAGGUUUCUCUCCUGGCGUGUCUCGGAAAGGUUUGGGUGGCUCCAAGUGGUCGGAUGCUCCUUGCCCAUAUCGAGCACCGCUGCCUUCUUCCAACCCCAAGGGAAUGACGCCGCCGUGCACUGGAGGGGUCUUGUUGGCGAGCAGAAGUCCGUGUUACCUUUCACCUCUUUGCUUCUGGUGCUUUUUUUUUUAAGAAAAGAAAAAAAACAAGGCAAAAAAAAAAAACAAAACCCAACCCAACGAAGCUGAAGACCUCACUCUUUCCUCGCUACGGAGCAAUUUUCUACGCUGUCUGCGAUGACGCUCUUGGAAACCUGCCCCAAAGGACAACCUGAUGCCGAAAGCCAAAUGCUGCUGGUGCUAUUUAUUAUUCUCCGAUGGUGGGAAAGGCCAUGGUGGUGGGGAGGGAGGUUCUUGCAGGUGUCGGUUGCAAUGGAAGCAUGGUUCCGCCCAGCGAGAAAAUAGGGUGAGCGGUGCCAUCCGCCCGCAACCCUCGGGGUGGGAGCUGCCGUCUCUGUGUGUUUCUAUUGGCAUUGGUGCGUGCUGGGAACUGGGAGUGCCCAUCCCCGUGUGCACAGGGGCUGCCGUGGUGGGGUCACUUGGGAACGUUCUCAUGGAGCUGGGCAAAUGCCUGUCUUGCAUUGUAGCUCCGUGCCGAGCCCUGCGGCCGUGUUGGAGCGGACGAAAGCAAUCCCCGUGUUCUACCACCGCCCUCGAGGCCCCAAAGCUGCCCCAGCCCCGUGCCCACGCGGUGCCCGGCUCCCACGGAUCUCUAUUUAUUGUCGGCCCUGUACGUAGGAGGGGCCCUCGCCGCCCUCACUUCUGUGUAGACAAAUGCAUACAGUACUUGCAGAUAGCUGUAGCCUUGCUUUCCUAUGUCAAGUCUAUUUAAAAAACAGAACCUUCACGCCCGACCCCUCGCCCCUUUGUUUCUGUGACAUUCCAUCCCACCCCGCUCCCGUCCCGCAGCUCUCUGCUGUGCACCACGAGAGCAGGGAGCACCCCCAGCCCGGGGUGACCUCAGCUUCACUUCAUCUUUGCAAUCGUUUUCCAUUUUUCUUUCCUUUUCGGACGUGGAGCCCAACGUCCUCCAGCAGCGCCACGUGGGCGCGCUCUUCCGAGCUGAGGAUGCAAAAGAAGAGGUUAAAAAUUAAUUAAAAAAAAAAAAAAAAAAAAGGAAACUCCACAGGAAAGCCAACCCUGGGUGUCAGCACUGCGGUGCAGCACCGCUUCUGUGUGGCUGGCGCGCUCCAAGCAGAGCCCUCUGAUCCAGGGCAAGCGCCAGAGUUAGGAAGGAAACCCCAUGCAAGUGCGAAAACUGGAAUCUCUCUGCAACGUGAUGGGAGAGGGAACCUCAUUUCAGCUCAUCCCGGGAGCUGUGCGACUCCUACAGAAGCCAUAGGGAGCGGUUCGCCGUGCGCCUCGGUUGCCCUGCGGGCUGUUUUGGGUUCCUGCCUUUAUUUUGAGUCCUGCGUAGUGCGAGUGCUGUGUGUAUGCUCCCAUAUAUAUCUAUUUAUUUUUCAACGUGCUUUAAACCCGUCUGCAGAAAUAAAGCUGAACAAAAAAAAAAAAAAAAAAAAAAAAAAAAAAGAGGACAGCGUUCGAAAACGAUUGAUGAUUCUUCUUUCUUUCUGCCGGGAUUACUCUCUUAUUAUACUGACUUGAUAAUAACGAUGAUAAAAACCUGUGUUUGUAUCCAAGAUGUGUUUCAUAUUUGGGGGGGAGGAGAGGAGCUGUUGGUCUCAGAGGUCAGCGGAGGGCACGGCCGCGCGGUGCUGGUUCCCUGUCCGUGUAGUUCAGGUAGCAGGACCUGCCCUUGGCGGCGGCCUCACGUGUGUGUGUGCCCGGAGCCGUGCCCUUCGACUGUCAGUACUUUGUGACGGGACGUAGCGUAGACGUACUGGCAAAACCCAACCCGUUUCAAUAAACUGGGCAAAUUGCUGCUAA